AUGGAAUUAUUACAUACAUUAAAAGCAUCGUCACCGGUGUUUCCAAAUGAUCAAUCUAAAAUCCUUUUUUGCAAGUCAAAUGAUCCAAUUGACAAAGGUUUCAAAAUGUUAAUAGAUCAUAAUAUAUUAUCAACACCAGUUUAUGAUGAAAAAGAAAAAAGAUUUGUAUCCUUUUUUUCAAUGAUUGAUGUUAUUUAUCAAAUUUUGGAGAUUCUAUCAACUGAUAAUCAACAGGAUGAAGGAGACAUGUCUACCUAUCUACAAAACAAUACGGAUAGAAGUUUAUUCCAAAAGAACAAGGUUUGUGAUAUUGCCAACAAAUCGAAAAGGGAACCAUUUAUUUUUGUCAAUGCCGAGUCCAAGUUGGAUGAUGUCGCUCGAUUAAUGUCAAAGAAUCAUAUUCAUAGAGUAGCUGUUUUCGAUGAAAAGGGUGACCUAUGCAAUAUCAUUUCUCUGUCUAGAAUCAUCGAAUGUGCAUCUCAACUAUUUGGUAUGGACAAUCAUCUCACUAGUUUGGGUUCAAGACCAAUUGAAACAUUGGCACUUGGAAAGAAUCAAGUCAUAUCAAUCACUGAAGAUAAAAAGGCAAUCGAUGCAUUUGAAUUGAUUGCCAGUAUGGGUAUCUCUGGUGUAGCGGUAGUAGACUCUCAUCAAAAAUUAAAAGGUGUCAUUAGUGAUCAUGACCUUGUCCUCAUUAAAUCUUCUGGUCAAUACUUAAAUCUUCUCUAUCAACCAAUUAAUAGUUAUUUACAAGUUAUUAAAACUUUAGCUACUUGUCCAAAACAAUUAAUUACAUGUAAGAAAACAGAUACAUUUAAAGAGGUAUUAUUAAAAGUAGCAGAAAACAAAGUUCAUAGAAUCUUUGUAGUUGAUGACCAUAAUACACUUUGUGGCGUCAUUGGAUUAAAUGAUCUUUUAGAACAAAUUGUAAUGUCUGAUCAUUAA